ACCUGAUUCAUAGUGUAAAGGGAAAGAGAUCCAAACGAAGUAAUUAAGCAACCAUUUGUAAUCGAUCCAUAUGCAGACUUGGUAUUAUUCUUUUUGUCCUUUCUUGUUAAACUCAUUCAAAUAUUCAUCGCUGUAAGAAUCUUUUCACUUUUUGUAGGCGGGGUAGGAGAGAAUGGCCAGCAAUACUGAGGCAGGAAAGUCAACCAUCUGACUUAGUGGGUUUGAAUAUCUAGGGUUUAUCCACCUUCCAUGAUUAACGGUUUUAAACCGAACUGAUUGAUAGGAGGAAGAAGAGCCUAUACAUGAAAAUGGAGGAACCUGAAAUUACGACGAGGCAGGGCCCAUCUUCUUAUACUAAUCACGCCAUCUCUCUCGGCUUUUUACUCCUCCACUUGUAAAAAACCAUAGCAAGACCCUCCUAUAAAUAAGACAUUAAGCUAAUUAAGUUGGCAGAAACCGUAGCAAACCCCAAACCCCAUCAAAGAUGGAAACCCAGCUCUCAAUGUUGGUUAUUCUGCUCGCUUCUGUUCUAACUGCAACUACUUUUGUUUCCUGCUCCCAACUUCAAGACCCUGAUCUAGUAGUACAGGAGGUCCACAGGAAUAUCAAUGCGUCUAGGAGGCAGCUGGCCUAUUCCUCAUGUGGAAGUGGCAACCCCAUAGACGACUGCUGGCGGUGCGACCCUAACUGGGAACAAAACCGCCAGCGCUUGGCCGAUUGCGCCAUCGGCUUCGGCAAGGACGCAAUUGGCGGGAGAAACGGCCGAAUCUACGUAGUCUCCGACUCAGGCGACGAUGACCCUGUGAACCCUAGGCCCGGAACCAUCCGACACGCCGUGAUACAAGACGAGCCACUGUGGAUCAUUUUCAAGAGGGACAUGGUGAUCCAGCUGAAGCAAGAGCUGGUCAUGAACUCGUUCAAGACCAUAGACGGUAGAGGUGCGAGUGUUCACAUUGCCAAUGGACCAUGCAUCACCAUACAUCAUGUCACCAACAUCAUCAUCCAUGGGAUCAACAUACACGACUGUAAGCAGGCCGGGAACGGAGACAUUAGGGACUCCCCGAGCCACGCCGGGUGGUGGACGCAGUCCGACGGGGACGGCGUGUCGAUUUUCGGGGGAAAGCACAUUUGGGUUGACCAUUGCUCGCUGUCAAAUUGUCACGAUGGACUCAUCGAUGCCAUACAUGGAUCGACGGCCAUCACGAUUUCGAACAACUUCAUGACGCAUCAUGACAAGGUUAUGCUUUUAGGGCACAGUGAUUCGUUUACGGAAGACAAGGGCAUGCAGGUCACUGUUGCGUUUAAUCACUUUGGAGAAGGGCUCGUGCAAAGAAUGCCAAGGUGUAGACAUGGAUAUUUUCAUGUGGUGAACAAUGACUAUACACAUUGGGAGAUGUAUGCAAUAGGAGGGAGUGCUUCCCCAACCAUCUUAAGUCAAGGCAAUAGAUUUCUUGCACCGGAUAGAAGUUUCGAUAAAGAGGUGACAAAACAUGAGGAUGCGCCGGAAAGUGAGUGGAAGAAGUGGAACUGGAGAUCCGAGGGGGAUUUGAUGCUGAACGGCGCAUUUUUCCGGCAAUCGGGUGCCGGUGCAUCGUCAAGCUAUGCGAGGGCGUCGAGUCUCAGUGGAAGACCCUCUUCUCUUGUGGGUGCGAUGACUGUCACUGCCGGUGCGCUUAACUGCCGGAGGGGAUCCCGCUGCUAAUUAAUAGUUGUUUGCCUUAAUGAAAGCUUUCACCGCGGAUAUAUACUAUAUCGUAAACAAAAGGGCUAUGCUACAACAACAUUAUGGAUUAGUCCUUUGCUGCUAUAUAUGCUGCGGUUAAUCCUAAAUUAGAAGGCUUAAGUUUCUUUAUUAGUAUCUUAAUUAAGGACUUUCAACCUCUGUACGUUAACUAUUAAAGCUAUGUGUCUAGCUAGUCUGUUAUGAUUGACCUAGCUAGAAAGAGCAACUGCAGAUGUGUUGACUACUUUUGAAUAUAUAUUAUUUCCUAGUUUGAGUA